AUGCGGUGUCAAGGGCGGAGACGGGAGCGGCAGUGGUGGAACCGGAAGAGGAAAGUCUCCCGCCUAGGGCACGGAGGCUCCGCCUCCUUACGUCACUUCCGUAAACAAAGGGCACUGUGGAGGCGCGGGGUCCGGGAUGUGACCCCGGCUCAAGCUGCAGUGGUAGCAUCGACGGCUGCAGGUGCGGCCGUGGCUUCGGAGGCCCCGGGAUCUCUGCAGACUGAGGAAGAGGACCCCGAUCCCCUUCUUCCUCAGGUCGUAAGAAGCUGGCCUUGGUGCAAUAAGGAACUUAAAACAAUGGAGGAGCGCAAAGUGAAGAGGAGGAGUCCUAAGUCUUUUAGUGCCCAUUCUGCUCAGGUCGUUAAUGCCAAAAAAAAUGCCAUUCCAGUUAGUAAAAGCACGGGAUUUUCAAAUCCUGCAUCACAGUCAACUUCACAGAGACCAAAGUUAAAAAGAGUGAUGAAAGAAAAGACCAAACCUCAGGGUGGAGAAGGCAAAGGCGCUCAGUCAACCCCGAUUCAGCACUCCUUUCUCACCGACGUCUCCGACGUCCAGGAGAUGGAGAGGGGGCUUCUCAGCCUGUUGAAUGACUUCCACUCUGGAAAACUCCAAGCAUUCGGAAAUGAAUGUUCCAUUGAACAGAUGGAACAUGUUCGGGGAAUGCAGGAGAAAUUAGCUCGCUUGAAUUUGGAGCUCUAUGGGGAGUUAGAGGAACUUCCUGAGGAUAAGAGAAAAACAGCCAGUGACUCCAAUCUGGAUAGGCUUCUGUCUGAUUUAGAAGAACUGAAUUCUUCCAUGUUGUACAUUCUACCUAGAGUUGCUCUGGCCUCCCCCUUCUCCUUAUCAAAGACACUCAAGUGGACCACUUCCAUAAAGCUUUUUUGUUUGUAUCUCAAACUAACAUUCUGCCUUAUUUCAUUAUCUGUUGAUUUUUAUAUGUGUUAAAUCUCAGCCUUCCAAUUGAACAAGAAUAUCCUUGAUGGCAGAGCUCAUGUCUGUACAUUUUUUGCAAACCUCUGCAAUACAUGUAUUGCUAGCAUUUAGUUGUCCUCAGUAUAUCCAGACCGUUGUUUGAAUUGAGGCUUGAAAAAUAGGUGGCAAGUGGAUCAGAUAGAUGAAAGAGGAAAAUGAAAGGCACCAAUGAGAAGGGAGUAAAUUAUGUAAGAAUUCCAUCCUAUUUCCAAUCUUCUUGAAAAUUCAGAGGAUUAUAGGAAAAGUUUUAGAGCUAUGAUGAUUUUAUGUUUUGGGGUUUUUUUUGGAUUUUUACAAAGAAAUUGUUUUUCCGAGGAUGAUAAAAUGAUGUUACCUUCUCAAAUGAAUUUUUUAAUCCAGUACAUUUUAUGUUUUAAUUAGCUUCUUACCAUGAGAACUAUUCUUGCUACAUUAAAAUAAUUCUGUGCUCCAUUAGAACCUGGAACAUAGUCUUGAUAUAGUGAUUUUUUUUUUAAGUCUACAAAUUCUAGACAUAGUAUAAUUACUUAACUACAUUUAAAAAUUAUCCUACCACAUCCAAGUUUCUCAAUAACAACAUAGGCACUUUCCCUUUAAACAUAUUUAUUUUUUUAAUAUCUCUGUCUCUCAGCUCUUGAAUGUAAUUUCCAGAAAUUUAAAAGAAGUACUCAUUAUAGAAUGAAAAUCUUCUUAACUGAUGA